UUAGUUGCUUUCGGUUUCAAUCGGCCAGUAAGAGAGAGAUUAAGGGGCCGAUGAUAUCUGCAGACAGUAAAACUCGUCUUCUUCUACGUCUCCUUUAUCUUGAAACGACAAAUCUUGAUUCUCGAAGCACGACGACAGCAGGCAUUCGUGAAUUCCGAGGCUUCAGUACCUUUUUGAAGAAAAUUGGGAAUUGUAUUUGUGGCAGAAACGGGGAUAUGGGAUCUGAAGGGCCAAAGAAUGUAGUCAUUCAUGUUACUGGAUUUAAGAAGUUUCAAGGAGUAGCCGAAAAUCCCACAGAGACAAUAGUUGAUAAUUUGAAGGAUUUUGUUGACAAGAGAGGGUUGCCUGCUGGGGUUACUCUAGGAAGCUGCACCAUUCUUGAGACUGCUGGAGAUGGUGCUCUUCCCACGCUUUACAAGGUCUUGGAAUCGGGCACUGCAGCUACAAAUGAUGACAAAAAUGAACAAAUCGUCUGGCUUCACUUAGGGGUCAACAACGGGGCAUUAAGAUUUGCCAUUGAGCGAUUAGCAGCAAAUGAAGCCACCUUCCUUUGUCCAGACGAGCUAGGAUGGCAACCUCUGCAACAUCCAAUAGUCCCUGAGGAUGGAGAAAUUUCCUGCACAAGAGAGACUUGUUGCUCCAUUGAGGAAGUACUGAGGUUCUUGAAGAAGAAGGGCUACGAGGUGACAAUAUCAGAUGAUGCAGGUCGCUUUGUAUGCAACUAUGUCUAUUAUCACUCUCUUCGAUUUGCAGAACAGAAGGGUUACAAAUCUCUUUUUGUGCAUGUUCCUUCAUUCUUAAGAAUUGAUGAAGAAACUCAAAUGCAUUUUGUAGCCUCCCUUAUAGAGGCUAUUGCCUCAACAUGUCAAUAAAAUUGAUCUCAGUAUAUUUUUUUA